CUCCCGUACGGGGAGGAAGGAGUGACAGCUUCUCUCCCUUCGGCCGUCCCAGCCAUCCUGGAAGAUGCCGGCGCCGACAUCCUGAUGGAGGCCCUGGGCACCCUGGGCUGUGAGUACCACGUGGAGCCCCAGUGCCCGGCCCGGAGCCUCAGGUGGUGCAGAGUGAAGCCAGACCCGUGCCCCUGCGGUUGCUCCUGGGUGUCCCCACAUGUGCCUCCUGAGGUGUGGGCUGCAGAUGAGCAGGACCUCCUGCUGUUGCUGGAACCCAAGGAGUUUCUGCAGGGCAUCGCCCAGCUGACCCAGAUCUGUGGCCCAACCUACUCGGUGCCCUGGGUCUCUCCUGAGAGCCACGCUUGCCCCCACCUGGCCGUCAUCGGGCUGGACACCUACCUGUGGUCUCGCCAGCCCAGCACCCAGGAGAAGCAGCAGCCGGAGAGUCCAGCAGUGGCCUGUGCCGAGCUGGCCGUCGGGUGGCCUGAGGUGGAGGAGGCCCUGGUGCUCCUGCAGCUCUGGGCAAACCUGGACGUGCUGCUGGUGGCCUCCUGGCAGGAGCUGAGUCAGCACGUGUGCGCCUUCACCAAGGCCCUCGCCCAGCGCCCCUACAGGCAGCACCGGGAGUCCCAGGCCCUCUCCUUCUGCACAGCGGGGCGCUGGGCCGCAGGCGAGCGCAUAGCAAGAGAUGGUACAGGGCUGCAGGGGGCCUGGCGGCAGCAAAUCAGACAAUUCAACCGGGUCAGCCAGGCCAUGGCGGACGCUGUCGUCUCCGCCUUCCCCUCCCCUCGCCUCCUGCAGCAGGCGUACGCGGCUUGCAGCACAGAGCAGGAGCGCCUGGCCCUCCUGGCUGACCUCCCCGUGAAGGUGGGCGAGGGUGUGCGGCCGCGCAGGGUGGGGCCCGACCUUUCCCGCCGCAUCUGCCUCUUCCUGACUACCGCUGACCCCGACCUCCUGCUGGACCUGGGCUCCUGACAAUGCCUGCUGGCCAGACACAACACAGCCCACCCUGGGGACUGACCGGAAACCAGGAGGGGA